CACUCCGCCUCUACCUCGAUAGGCGCCCAAAGAGCAGCGUGCACAGCCGACUUUGCUCUCCAGCAACGAUGCGUACAUGCACCCUGCGUGAAUGUCCAUCAUGCGUGUGGGCGAAUAUCAAUGGCAUCCGAGGCGUCCCGCCGCUCGCCGAUUGAGUGCAAGGCCUCGACUAUAUUCUGGAAAAUGGCCAUCAAGUCCUUUGACGCCCACGCCAGGGCGAGAUUUGACUGGGUCUCACGCAAGACGAAUUUCCUCCCAACUUCGGACGGAGGCGGGAAUGGGGGGUGGGGGCGGGGAAAUAUAUUUAUUGAGGCCUCAAUGUGAGACGGAUGUGUGCACCCACACUUGACCUCGUCCUGCAAACGCCUGUCGCGCAGACACCCAUCGCUUCCCAUUUCAUCGAUAUGUUCGGCCACAGCCUGACCUCUACCUGGGCCAAUGCCUUCGUCGGCCGUUCUAAGUCGUUCGGCAUUUGGGUUCUCAUGGAGUCCCUUGUAGCUGGAGGUAUUUUCACCAUGUACGGGCGAACAGCUCUCCAAAGCGGGCGUGCCCGCACCGCUCAACGCGUGGCGAAUUCGGCCUCGGCCAACUGAGCACGCUUGCAAGCCACUGCUCUUGACAUGUAACUUAUGUUCAACCACAUCAUGUAUAAUAGCCACUCUUCUCGCUCAUCAAUUCUCUCAACCUCGUUCAUUUACGGAUACAAAUACAUGAGUUCGCUACAAUGGCGCG